ACUGCAGUUCCUAAUAAGCCUGAAACAUCUGAUAAAUCAAAACUUGAUAAGUUGGUUGAAGGCGGAAACAUUACUCUCAACUGUUUGAUUCCUGGUGAGGAUGCAAGGGAUAUCUUCGAAGUAAUGAUAUCUAAUGCUUAUAACAAUAGAGUUUCUUCUUUCGUGGAGGCAAUCAAAACCCGUCGUCCAGAUCGAUUUUAA